CCAUGGGCAAGGCGGGGAGCAAAGUCCUGAGAGAGACCUCAGUGGAUGGGGUUCAAGCACAGCCAACCCCUGCUGUGGCUGCUCCUGCUGCGACUGUUAAAUUAGAAGGACUCACAAAAGCCAGCAGGAUGAAGGUGAAAUGGACCCAGCUGGGUUUGGUAUUCUUCCUCGUUUUGUCACUGGUGAUGACCGGAUGCUUCUUCUGGCAGUAUCAGCUCCCAAAGGUUCUGCCAGAUGAAGGGAUGGGUCGCAACGCCAAUUCAGAGAUGACGUGUCCCCGCUUCCCUGAGCCUCUCCCGCUGGAGCAUCCCAUCCCCAGUCUGAAAGAGGCCCUGGAAAAGGUGGACAUUUUGCUCCGGCAGAAUAUCAACCCCAUUAGCCUUCCCGCUCUGUCGGCCAUUGUGAUUUUAAAUGACACCGUUUUGUGGACUGGCAACUUUGGAAAGAGGAACGGCAGUGACCCUCUCUCAGGACUCCCCAAUGAGUACACAAUCUACAGAAUUGCCAGCCUGUCCAAAAUCUUCCCAACGCUGAUGCUGUACAGACUGUGGGAAGAUGGAAAGAUCGGCUCACUUGAUGACCCUCUGGAGAAAUAUGUGGAGAACUUCACCAUCAAAAACCCUCUUGGGAAGUCGCGAGACUCUGAGCUGAAAUACGUAACAGAUGGUCUGAUAUUUCUGGACAGCGGGGAAGUUCAGAUCCGCUCCUCCUCUGUCACCCUGCGCAGGAUGGCCAGCCAGCUCUCAGGCCUGCCCAGGAGACUCCGGGCCACAAAUCUGCUUUGGAAAGGAAAAACACAGUCUGCAAUCAAUCUGCUACAAGAUGAUGUCCUCGUCGCAGACCCAGGCACCAAAUGUCACUACAGCAACCUCGCCUUCUCUCUGCUCGCUCACGUGAUGGCCGAGCGGGUGGCCGGCAUGGACUACCAGCGCUGGAUCACAGACAACAUCCUUGACCGGCUGGGGAUGGAGGACACCGGCUUCGACAUCACCCCAGGGCUGCAGAGUCAAAUGGCCGUAGGUGUGUACUCUAACGGGAAGCCGGCCCCGCUCUAUGACCUGGGCUGGUACCGUCCUUCGGGUCAGAUGUUCUCCACAGCGGCAGACUUGGCUAAGCUUGCCAUGAUGCUGCUGGGCGCUUAUCACCGCAAGUUGCUGGAACCAGACUCACUGAAGAUAAUGCUGACCCCACUAUUCAGGUGUGAUAAGGACUACUUUGCAAACCGUACCGGGACACCAUGGGAGGUGAAUGAGCUGAUGGGCUACGAGGUGUUGCGUAAAGACGGAGACCUGGACGGUUAUUCUGCCACUUUCUCUCUGGUGCCUAGACUGAAGCUUGGCCUUGUGGUGCUCAUGGCUGGCAGCAGGUCUCAGAGCCAGGAUGUGGUCACCAAGGCUUACAACUAUAUCAUCCCAGCCAUAGAGAAAGCCUUCCGGGAGGCCAAGAAGGUCCUCUUCGCUCCCCCAAACCCAGACCCUUACAUCGGCUUCUUCACCUACAGCAACAUCACCUUCUAUGAGAUCAAAGCCGGACCAGAUGGUGUUCUGAUCAUGCAGCAGUUUGGGCCUCAGAUUGAAGAGCUGAUCCCAGAAAAGUACAGGACAAUAAAACUCAACUACCUGGUCGACCGGGUGUUCAGGGUGGUGUUUGAAAAAGAGUACCCUUGUGUUUUGCGAGUUGGCACAGCCUCGGUGUCCCUCGAGGCCCAAGAUGGCCAAUUAUUUAACUUCUACACAUUUGACAAGAGGGGUUUGUCCCCUGGUUUUGACGCCCCGGGACUGAAUACGUAUAAUGUGGUGAGAAUAGCCCGCAAGCCAUCCUUCUCAAGCUGAAGUGCUGCAAUGCCAUGGCCUAAAGACAAAUGGUACGUCCUUGGGAUGUAUGAGGGACUGUAAACAAAAAGGAGGCUGUGAAUAUUGAAAGACCAAAUGGAAAAGUUGGGAGUCAUUUUGGCGGUCACAGAUAGGACUGUGCUCUUGAUUUACAGAGAGCACAGGGAGGGAAUGGUGUUUCUUCCUCCCAGUUGUAUAAUGUCUUGCACAGAAAAUGAAUUUAUUUCUCUUCUGAAUGAUAUAUGUGACUGUCCCUCUCGCACUGGUCCUUCAUUAUGCCUCCUAACUGAACGUUCACAUUAUGCUGAUACAGUGCUUGUGUUUUUCCUGCCUUCAUUUAAGCCUUGGUCCUCUUGGUGUGCUCUGUCCUUGAGUUUUCAUGAGUGAAAACAGCAGAACACUGGCUCAUGGCAAACACUUGUUGGGGUUACAUACAUGAAUAUUUAGCCACAUCUCAUAUUCAGUUCUUGGACCAUGAUUGCAGUUCCACAAAAUCAUCAUUGUCUCAUGCAUAUUUCAUUUCUUUGUGGUACUAUCCUUGUGGAAGGUAAAAUCAGGACAUUUUCAUGGCAAAUGUGAAUAUGCGUCUCUUUUAAUUACACGGGGAUGUUGCCACGGGUAUGGAGCUGCUGAUUUAAUAGCAACAACCAAGCGCUUACAUGUGACUAAAAUGCAAAAUAUUUUGGCUCCUCAAUAAGCGGCGAUUAAGGACAGAGAGGCUUUUGGUUGCCUGUGUGACAUUCUCCUGUGUAAUCCCAGAAAAUGGACUCCUAUUCAUCCUGACCUCUAACACCAAUAUUAAUAAUACACUGCCCUGACUGCUGCAGGAAAAUGACAGAUUCAAGUGUACAAAAAUAACCCUCAAAAUGCAAUGGCUGAUAUUUUACCUUUUAUGAUAGAUUGAGUGUCUGGGGAGGAUGUGAUGGAAAUGGAAUAGAGAUUGAAAAUGUUGCUUAUUAUGAAGCAUCAGGUGCAACGAGUGAAAUCGAGGAGAAUGUGAAUGUAAAGCUGCCUAAAAAUUAAAUCUGCUGUGUCCUCUAUAUGCGGCUAUGGGUACAAUACUGAAACUGGCAUUCGAUUGUACAAUCCAAUGUUGUCACGGCUCACAGAACAAAGCUUGUUCUGACUGAUUGCAGAAAGGAAAAAAAUCACUUGUUGUAUCGAAAGCCAUACUGAAGCAAAACUAUACCUACAUGCAAAUUGUGCCAUGUGUGCUGAUUCUCUACUAUUGUUCAGGUGCGUCGUACCAAGUAAGAUGUAACAUGAGGCUUGUGCAGCCCUUUAGAAAAGCAGCAA